UGCAGACCGGCGUAAGCGUCUGGACGUUACCGUGGCAACGAGCCUUCGUAGUAACAACUUCACAGAAAUUCCAGAGUAAGUCCUAUUGCAUGAUUAACACCGGUUUGUGACACAAGAGCUGCUGAUGGUAUUCCCUGGAGAUCAGCAUGUUUGAUGCCGCCUCACAGGAAAGAUCCCGUGAUGGAUCGUCUCAGAGCCGUGGUAAAGAUGUUGCUAGGCCUGGUCACAAGGCGAAGAAAAAGACUCACUCUCCUAAAGUGACUUUACCACCUCUGUGCCCGGAGCCGUUUCGUGUCUUAUCAGCUUCUGCAGCCAAGCCCCUGUUCAGUUGUUCCUCUCUCCUCAAAAAUGUCCACUCUGAUGGACAUUUGUCAUUGGCAGACUUGCCUCAUAUUAUUGCUAAAGUAGGACCUGGGAUAGCCAUAGGCAACACAAAAUGGAAAGAAGGACCUCAAUUAAUGGCUUCAACACUAGGGACAGAAAUCCCUGUUAGAAUUACUCAGUCGACAACAGAAAGUAUUCAGGAAAAAGGUGAAUCAAAAACAGCCAAAACUUGCAAGUAUAAAAAGAUAGCAACCUUGAAACAUGGGAGGGCUACCAAACCAAGUAUAUCUCCCCUCACUGGCGCAGAAGUUGUUCAGAUUUUGGUUCAGAAAAGAGACCUGGGAGAAUAUGAGAUUUAUUACCUCAAAACAGUAGAUGGGGAUGCUUACAGACCCUAUGACCUGCGAGUUGUCCAUCCCAGUGAAGCUGGUCCUGAGCACUAUGUCUUCACCUCUAAAACUGUCCUGCAUGUUACCCAGACGGGUAUUGGUGGAACUGUCAGUCUGGCAGAGUGGUAUAGACAGUAUGUGCUGUGGACAGAUUUGCAGAAAAUUGCAUUUUUCAGGGACUUUAGACUGCAGAAAGCUUUUUUCUGGUGGCAUCAAAACACGCGCAAGAGAAUUUUUCAGCGCCGGAGAAAGAAUCUGGAGGACAUGCUGCUCAUAGCUGUACCUCAGUUCAGGAAUGCCCUGCAUCUAUUAAAAGGAGUAAUUGAAGAACUAAAAGAGACACACUGGAUGCCUCUGGAUGUGUGUGAAUGCCACACAUUGACGGAAUUUAAGAACAUACUGAUAAGCAAGAAUCAGGAGUGUCUGCAGAUAUUGGAGAAGUUAUCACAGUAUCACACUCUCACCCUAAAUAUGGUGAAAGAAGACAGCUAUAAGAAACACCAGGAGCUGCAGCUACACUUAAAACUUGCUAACGAUCCAAAGAGCUUCCACAAACCCAUACAUUUGCUCAUGGCUCAUCAGCGCAAGCUGAAGAAAGAGUUGGCCCAGUCUGAAAGCACCUUGAAGAAAUUGGGAAAUUUUGCAGCUCUUGUGCAUCAGAUGAUUGUGCAGAGUCUCGUGACAGUCAUACUAGAAGAUGCUAUUUCAUUUCUCGAUCUUUUAAAGAGCAAGGAACUGCCAAAGCGCUCUCUCUUCCACACCGAGCUGCGUUUCAGUGCUGAUAAUCAGCUGACGGUGGAGCCGCCAAUACAUCUGUUCAAAGAAGCAGUGAGCCAAGCACUUCUCACUGUAGGCGACUCUAUUAUUCAGAAAUGUGAUGACUGCGGGUUUUUCCUAGAGGUCAGCAAAGAUGUGCUAAUCUCUGCUCAGGAUUUAGAACAUGACUUCAGCUGUAUUAACCCUUCUGUAAAUACAGUGGACAAAAACACUGAUGGGAACACUAGUCAGAUUCUGAGAGACAUGUCAGCUUGCUGGCAGACACUGCCUAAAGUUGCUUUUCCAGUGGUGCAAGGCAACAUGGUGCAUGGCUGCUACUCUCCUCUCUCCAAAAGCCAGCUAGAGUGGCACAUCAGCAUCAAUGACAUCACAAAAGAAGUUGAGAAGGAGCAGUCUGAGAUCAUGCAGGAAGCCGAACUAGAGAUCCAACAGCUGUAUGAGAGCUACGCAUGGAUGGUACAGAUCCAUUUGUUUAUUUGUCAGUGGAGUCGAGCCUCAUUGGAAUCCAUGAGGGGUCGGCCUGCGUCAGUGUACGAGGAGAACAUUAGGAAGGUGCGCAACUGGGCUGAAAGAAUCAGUGCAGCUGACUCGUCAUUUUCUUCCUCCAAUCAGCUGUUCGUCAUCCACUGCACCCACACAAAGGAAGCUCUAGGGCAACGGCUGAGGUUCAUCGAAGAGGAAGUGCAAGAGCAACUAGUUGAGCAGAUAAGGAAGGAGUCAGAGAGCCUCAUAUCAUAUUUGGAGGGAGCUACUGCUGAACUCAAGACAGCACCUCAAGACUUGCGUGACUUCUCAAAAUAUGCUCUUAGGAAGGAGGGUGAUCUCACCGUAUUGACCACAGAUGUUCAGAAGGUCAUAGCCCGCAAAGACUUGUGGGAACUGAUAGCAGUCUAUACUACAUGGCUGGAAGAAUGGAAGCCAAUGGUUUUUAGUGAGGUUGUGGUCUCUGAAGCCCAGGAUAAAAUUACAGAGUGGAAGGAGCAGGCUCAAUCUUUAACAACCACCAUACCUGCCAGUGAUGCAGUGCUGCAGGAGAUUUUAGGAUCUCUGGAAAACAUAAGCCAUCAGCUUUUAGUCCUGGCCAAGCUACAGAGCCCCACACUGAAAGGAAAACACUGGAGAGCCAUUUUAGAAGACCUGGGCCUAAAAUAUAAAUCAGAGAAGAAUGUGACUGUUGCUGAUCUCAUGUCUCAACAACUUGAAAGUCAUCAGAAUCUGAUUGACAAGAUUUGCAGAUGUGCACAAAGGGAGUGUGACAUGAAGCAAACUUUCCAAAAGCUUUGUCACAGAUGGGAAGGCAAACUCUUUCAGUUGGAUGUAUUUGCUCCCCUUUGCGUGGAAACACGGUGCAAACACACUGGGAAGACCACAGAAGGCGCCCUUCUCAAUGUGCUAACUGACAGGAAACACCCCAGUGAUCCUAGAUUUACUAUAGAUCUGGGAGUACACUUUGCUGAGAUUGAGACCAGUUUGAUGAUGCUGUCCACAAUGUUAAAGUCCCCAUACAGUGUUGAGUUCAGGCUGCCGCUGGAGGACUGGAUUCAAACACUACAAGAACUUGAGAAGCUGCUUGCUUUACUUGAAAGAUAUCAGCAAAUGUGGGCCUUCUUAACCAACGUGCUUGGUGGGACAUUUUUCCGUACUCAAAGAAUGGACCUGCUGAAGCAUUUUCAACCAGUUGAUGAGACAUUCGAGGAAAUGAUGGCCUCUAUAUCAAACGAACCCCGUGUGUUGAACUUAGUUUCCACUGAAACAAAUGACAGAUUUCGUGGUGAUAGCCUUUGCCAGGUUCUUCUUAAUGGUUUGUCUGCAAUGGAAGUCAUUUCAAAACAAAUGUCAGAUCUUCUUGAUGACCUCUGUGAAGAGUGUCCCAGAUUCUGGUUUUUGAGUGAAGGGGAAGUGAUGCAGAUACUCUCUUUGGACCCAACACCUUUUGAAUUUCAACCCUUUGUUCAAAAAAGCUUUAAAGGGGUUCAUUUGCUUGAAGUUGACUGUGAAAUACAAAGAGAUGGUGAUUCUAUAUCUGAGUGCCAAAGGCAGAUGAAGGUGCUGGGUAUUUUUGGCAGCUUCCAAGAACACGUUGCCUUUCAGUCUCCUUUAGAACCAAAUGCAGACGCUUUGAAGUGGUUUUGUAACUUUGACAAAAAAUUAAAGUUGACCAUGGUACAGCUUCUGACACAGUGUGCUGUUGUGAGAAAACAGCUCGAACCAUCCAGUCAAAAUUUAGCAAGUGACACAAAAGCUAGAGACAACCAGCUCCCCAGUGCGGUAGCUGUGCUGGGCCUGCUUUCUGAAUAUCCUCUUGAGUGCCUUCUGGUGGUGGAGAGGGCAAUAUGGUGCAGUGUUGUUCUACAAGCUUUCCAAGAAUCGAGCUCAGUGAAGUUCAGCACCAUAAAGGCACAUAUCGCCGCAAAGCUGAAAGGCCUUAGCCAUUAUAUAAGAGACGGAGUCACAGGAUCUAAAACUGGAACUCAAGUUUCCAAGUACACAAUGAUGUGUCUGCGAGCUUUACUGCAGCUUACAAUGAAUCAUGCAGAGCAACUACAUCGACUCAUGGAUGUUCCGUGUGCGCGGGAGUCAUCUUUUGAAUGGCUGAGUUGUAUGAAAUAUUAUAUUAACUCAGAGGAGAAUAAUGAUCCAGCAUGUUUUGUGGAUAUUUUGGGCCAUCAAGUCCAGUACAGCUUUGAAUACUCUGGCCCAGGAGAGUGGGAGAUGGUGCAUACACCUUGCACAGACCGGGCAAUACUAGGGAUUCUUAUUGCUCUGACAACCUACAGAUGUUGUUCUGUGGGUGGCCCUUCCAUGUCUGGAAAGAAAAAUACUGUGAUCCAGUUAGGAAAAGCGCUGGGGCGACAGGUUGUCCUAAAACAGUGUUAUCCAAGCAUGAUGCCUCGUGUUAUUCAGCGGAUGUUGGUUGGGGCCCUUCAGGCAGGGGCAUGGCUUGUGUUGAACUCUGUGGACUUGCUAACACACAGUGAUCUGUCGAUACUAGGACAGCAUCUAGUUGACAUACACCAGUCCUUCAACAUGUUAAGAAGAGAUAAAAAGGAGAGGCUAAAUUGUGAGACAGAGAUGAAAAUUUCUGAUGGGGUCGCGGGAUUCACAAAUGCUGCUGAGUCAGAAUGUCACAUGACACUUGCAGGAAAACACAUUUCUGCCAGUCUCAGCUAUGGAUGUGUUGCCAUCUCAUCAAAAGAAAAUAUAUCUAGAGUUCCUGAAAGUCUGCGAUUUGCUACAAGAUCUGUUGCAUUAACACGUCCAGAUUACAGAAUAAUUGCAGAAGUAAUGCUAACUUCCAUUGGUUUUUCAGACGCCAUGUCGUUAAGUCAACGUCUGGUGUCCCUCAUUAGCCUGGCUCAAGAGUCCCAUUGUCUACCUGAUCUUUUCUCUGACAAUGACAGCUGCUUUCUUGUUAUCCUGCAAAAGAUCAUCUCAGCUUCUGAAAGACAUUUGCAGCAGGUUGUAAGGGAUCGAGAAAAUUCAAAGUCCAAAGAUUCACUCGACACUGAUCUUAUGUCGUCACAAAAUGAGCCUAUCAAAGCUUUUGAGGAGGACGGAAGGAAAACUGAAAAGCCUCCAAAGUCAAACCGUUGUUAUUUGAUGGUUGUACAAAGUUUAAUGGAAGAGGAAGCGAUUGUCAGAGCCAUUCUUUCUGUACUGCUGCCCGAGAAGAAGGCCACCUCACAGUUCUACAUGCUUUUCAAAGACGUUUUUCCUAUAGCAUGCCAGUUUCCGCUUGUCCAACAAUUUAUUGAAGAAGCUGAAAAGAACCAACUUGAAGAUGCACUUAGAGAAGAAAUACAACAAAAACACUUCUGUUGUGACACAGACAUCAUUUGCAAUGCUCUUACACUCUACCAGACCAUGAAAUUGUCUCAGGCAGUUUUGCUUAUAGGGCCCCCCGGGAGCGGAAAGAGCACCUGUUACACUGCUCUGACUGGAGCACUGAAUAGCCUGGCUACUAAGACAGUGGAGUUGGUUUUUGACAAUGACAAUACGAUUGAUGCAGGCUCUCCCCAGGCAGAUCAAAAGAUAUCUCUUUCAAACUGGAGCUUUGUUGAAACUUUAGUCUUAUUUCCUAACGCUAUGUCCCAUGAUGAGAUAUUUGGCUGCUUCUGUGAAAAGAGAGGAUGGAUAGAUGGAGCUCUGGCAAAGGUGCUGCGAGAUGCAGGAAGGCGUGAGCAUGCAAGCUUUAAACUCUGUAACAAUGAGAAGAAAACUGGUGAGACAGUAGUAGUGAAGUGGCUGGUAAUGGAUGGGGAGCCUGUGGGGCAGCCCGGCUGGUUAGAUUACCUAACCACACUGUGCAGUUCUCAGGAUGCCUUUCUGGGUCUGUCGUCAGGUGAGACAUUGUUGUCUCAGUCAAAACUAAAGCUGCUUAUGGAAGUCACUGACCUAUGCAAUGCAAGCCCCUCUGCAGUGACCCGCUGCAGCCUUGUUUAUGUCACGGGAGAUGAUCUGUGGAAGUCUGUGUGGAAGAGUGAAAUAGAUGCUCUCUCCUUUAAAUACAAACUAGAUCACAGAAUUGUGAAAAUGUGGAAUCACUUGGCUGAAGAUCUUUUCUCUAGCACCCUUCAUUUGCUUGGGCAAAGGAGUUUAACCUCUGCAAUCCACACUGAAAGAAAAUCUUGCAAAGCCCCCACACACGGACUGCAAGAAGUCAUGUCAUUUGUCAGGAUCCUGCAUGCCCUCCUACAACAUUUUGGAAAGGAAGUAGAAAAACCUGAGUCAGUGGCACAUAUCGACACAACAGAUAUGCCUCCAGCAGCCACAGGUGCCCAAAGUAAGCAGGAGCAGCUCAGCAGAAACAUUUUUCUCCUGGCUUAUAUCUGGGGAUUUGGUGGUCGCCUUCAUUCUCGCCACUGGCCACAGUUUGAUUUAUUAGCCCGCCAAGUGCUCCUAACUUGCAGAUACAAAAUUGUGGUCCCUGAUGAAGUCAGUGUGUAUGAACACUUCUUUAGUAUCGACACUAAGAUGUGCCCCACGAAUACGCUGUCGACAGGCUCUGUCAUUCCAAUGUACAGGAAAUACACAUAUCUCCUGAACCUCAUGUUGGAGGCAAAGCAGCCAGUUUUGGUUUCUGGAGAGCCUGGCUCUGGAAAAACCACACUGUGCCAAACUGUGCUGACUUUUGACAAGCCACACAUUAACCUACCAGCCAGUCCACUUCUGAGCUCUAGAGACUUGCACACUAUACUGAAAAGCAUCAGAUGCCAGAAGAACUGUAAAGAGACUCCUGGCUUCAUGGCAAACCAGCCACGCUUGUUUUUGUUUGUUGAUGAUUUACAUGAAGCCCCCUGUGACGUCUUUGGAACGUCUGCAAUGGCUCUAGAGACACUAAGACAGAGUAUUUCAAAAGGAGAGAUUCUAACAUUUGACACCUACAGCUCCGAGUUGUUACAGUCGGGAACUAUCAGCUACCUGGCUGCAUGCUGUAUAUCUGGAUUGGAUCAUUCCCACAGCGGUGUUAUAUCCCCACGGCUCUCACGCCUGUUUUCUAUCUUUGUGCUUGAUGGCGUAUCCCCAGACAUUUUAAUGUCUAUCUAUUCUCCCUGGCUAAAAAUCUGGCUCAGUGAAAUGCCACUUAAUAGGCACAUUGGUGAGGAUAUGUCAUCUUCCAUCGUCACUGCUACUAAUGAGCUGUAUCAUGCAGUAAGUGACAGAUUUCAGCCCUCUGUGCAGAGGCCUCAUUUCAUAUUUUCCCAUCGUGAUCUUCAGAAGGUGUUUCAGGGGAUGUACCUAUGGAGGUCUGUAAUCUCAAACAAGGAGAACAAGGAGGUUUCACAACCAGGCUUUCCUCCAGCAUCGGUUCUCAACAUAGUACAGGUGUGGAUGCACGAGUGCAUGCGUACUUUCAGUGACAGGUUGUGCUCAGAGGAUGAUAGGAAAACUGUUGUGUCACUCAUAGCCAAGACAGCAGCAACACACUAUGGAAUGAAACUGGCUAAUGAAAUCGAUGGGGACAGUCAGCCAGCAGGUGGAAAUAUAGACCCUGUAGAUCUGCCUAAAGAUCUAAACCAGCGAAGCCAAUUGCACAGCGCAUUAACUAAGCCUGAAAACAUCCUUCAGCAACCACAGAUUCUUCAGUAUUUGGAAGACACGAUGGCACAACUUGCGUUUGGUCCUGAUCUCUCUGAGGCCCUAAAGUCGAUAAAACAGCAACAAUAUUUUAAAUUUAGCCCUUCUUAUCAGGAGCAAGACCUUGAUACGCUAGUGCAAAAUCUGUGUGUACUUACGGAUGGAAAAGAAGAAGGUGAAGGACCUGACUGCAGCAUCACAACCAAAUACGUUUUACACAGACAGAGGGUGAGUCAGUUGUUACACAUUAUCAGGGCUUUGCUGCUACCUCGAGGUCAUGGAGUGCUGAUUGGCUCAGAUAGGGGCACAGGCCGCAAAACCACUGUCUGUUUAGCUGCCCACCUUACAGGCUAUGAGUUAUUGGAGAUACAUGCUGGUAAUCAAAAAAAUUUUCAUGAAAUCCUGAAAGAAGCUGGGAAUAAGACUAGGUCGGAUGGAAUCAGUGUCAUCAUUCUGGUCCAUGAGGAAAUCAGCCAGUCUGUCAGAGAAGAAUUACUGGUACUGAUGGCUCAUGGUGCCUGUCCAGCACUCUUCACCGACGAAGAGCUGAGGGACCUUGUUUCCAGAAUGACUGCAGCAAAGUACUCACGAAGAUAUCUUAUGGACAACUGGAUGUUUGAGAAGCGUUUGAGUCAAGUUCACAGAAAUAUCCACAUAUUCCUGCUAAUGCCAUACAGCAUGUCAGAAAGCACUGACAUACCUUCCAAAAAUGAAGCACAAAGCUGGGUUGGACAAAUGGCCAAGGCCCUCAGGCACAGCUGUUGUGUUGAGGUGUACCAGCCGUGGUCUAACCAGUCUUUGGUGGAAGUUGCUGUUCAGUGCCUCAAAACAAGCCCUUGUAAAAUGGUUCGAGGAAGCUCAGAGGCCAGCCUGUCUGUGGCUAUGGCAGGGAUCCAUCGGUCUGCAUUCCAGUAUGCUUCUGUCCUUCUAAGAAAUCAGCCUUUCAGUCCUCGGACUUAUAUGGAAUUCAUUGCCCACUUUGGUUACCUCUGCAGCCUCCUGCACAAGCAGUGCCAGGACAAAGCCAACAGAAUUGCUGCUGCUGUGUCUCGUUUGGAUGCAGUGAACAACAUAUCCAUGCAGCGUAAAGAGCACUUAAUAAGUGUGCAGAAGAUGGUUUCUGAAACAGACCAGCGUGAGAAAGAGCUCCUUCAAGCAGUAGAAGAUCAUAAGAAACUGUUUGAGGAAGCCUGUGAGAAGUGCGCUGCAGAGGACCAGCAACUGUGUUACCUGGAAGAGCAGAUUAAUCAGGCUCAAAAACAGAUAAAACCUGCAUUCUUGUCAGGCCUUCAGAUUCUUAAGUGUUUGGAUCCAUCGGAUGUGGAGGAGGUGCGGCACUACAGAGACCCACCUGUGGGAGUUGUGCAAGUCAUGGAUGCUAUUUGUUUGCUGUUUAGUCAUCCACCGGGUUGGGAAAGUGCUAAACAACUUCUUUCCCAAGCAGACUUUUUCCAGGAACUGGAAUAUUUUGACCGCUACAACCUGACAAAUGAACAGCUGCAACAGCUUGGGCAGAUAGUUCACAGUCCCCAGUUUGUGCCUGAGGCUGUGCGAGAGGUCAGUAAGGCCUGCGAAUCCCUCUGUCGAUGGGUCCAGGCUGUGUAUGAGUACUGCUGUGUUCAGCAGCGAGUGUUCCUAAAGCAGCAGUUGGAGGUUCAGGCUGCAGAGACGAGAAGUCGGUUGAAUCGAGCCGAGCAGCGCAAGCAGGAGGUAUACAGCUCACUGGAGGCCACUGAGCUUCAUCUGCAGUGUGUUCAAAAUGACCUAAUGGAACAACUGAUGCUGCUACACAAAGCUGAAAGUGCAGAGCAAGAAGCUUCUGCAUGUGCUGGGCAGAGUGAGACAUAUGGCAAAGUUUGGAGGGCUGUUGCUCAGGAUACAGAGGUACGUAAUCAAAACGUGCCAGGAGACGCCCUCCUCUUGGCUGCGACCGUCUCGUAUUUAGGCCCUUUUGGACCUGAUACACGCACAGAACUACUGCGCAAGUGGCAGACUCUGUGCCAGACAGGAAGCAUCGACAUAAACCCCAACGACCCCAGAAUCUCCCUGUUUACACAGUUAGACACUGUACCUGGUUCCUUAUCCCUUGGUUUUCCCAUCCCUGUAACUGAGAGAUUGCAGUUGCCUUUGGGUCAGGCAUUAGGGAUGAAUGAGUGGCAAACUGAAGACACUCUCUCUGCCAGGCUGGUGGUUAAGCUGUUGCUGUGUGGAUACAGAAGUACCUACAUCCAGCAUUGGCCUCUACUAGUAGACAGCCAGCAACAUCUGGAGAUGAAUUUUCCAAAUAGUCUCAUCCUAGGAAAGAACACAAAACUUGAGGAAGAAAUAGAUUUUGGGAUGGUAGUUUGUGGAGAUGACGUGGAACUGGUGCACAAGCUGGACCAGGCUGCUGAGAGAGGUUUGAGAGUACUGGUUACUCAUGUGGAGCGUGCAAUCCCCAAUCCUCAAUUCCUGGCCAAGUUGUCACGUCCUGCUGGAUGUUACUUUCCAGGAUUAAAUCAACCUAUUCAGAUGGUCCAUCCUGAGUUUUGCCUCUUCCUCAGCACAUGUCUGCCGAUUAGACUACUUAACAGUGGGAUCCAUCCAUCUAUCCUGGCUCAGGUACGUGUGGUUGACCUUUCUCUGAGCUCAGAAGACAUCCCAGAGCUGAUGCUGACACAGCUGCUGCAGGCUGAGUGUAAAGAGCUGCUGAUUCAACACUUGCAAUUCCAGAAUUACAAACAGGAGCUGCGGGAGAAACUGGCCACAGAGGAGGACGCUCUAAUGGGUUACAUCCUGCAGUCUAACACUGUCCUGCUGCAAGACCCGGAUUUUCUUCCCCGUGUAAAAGUUUGUCAAGAAGUGACGAAGAAGCUGCAGGAUGAGAUGAAGCAGCUGAGGGAGCAGCUGGAGCACCAUGAGUCCCUGCUGGCAGUGCCUCGCCACUUCGUGAGGCUGGGUGCCGCUCUCUACCAGACCCUGCAGGCUGUGUCCAGUCUUUCCCCUGCCUAUUAUUUCUCCCUACAUGGCUUCAUGACUGUGAUGCAAGAAGCUUUCACUGGGAAGGACAGGAUAAUAGGGAAAGUUCCAGGGAGCAUAUUACAAGAGUUGAUAAACACGAUGGUAGUCAAAGUGCUGGUACAAUACAGGCCUUGUCUUUUCAAGACCCAUGCUGCUGUUCUGAAGCUGCUUGUGUCUUUAGCCCUGCUCCAGCACAACCAGCUGUGCUCUGAGGGUGAGAGGUUGGCCUUCCUCAUAGGCCUUGGAGACACACAGCAUCCUGGGACUGAUUCACCAUCCUCCAUCACUGAUCUUCCCAGCUGGAUUUCCCCACUUAUCCACUCAGAGCUACUUCGCUUGGAAAAGAUUCCUUCAUUCAGAGGCCUAAUUGCCUCACUCUGUGCUUCCCCGAAGCAAUGGCAGGAGUACCUUCACUUUCCUUCCUCUACAGUGUUAGGGCUCGUUCCCUGUCGUUCUCACUGCCAUCUCUCUUUGCUGCAGCGGGCUCUCCUCUGGAAGACCAUGAUCCCCGACUGUCUGGAGGGACUAGCAGAUGCCAUAAAUGCCUGUCAACUCUGCCUUCCUCAAAAGAAAACAGAGACUGAAGCCCCUCUCGUUGGGAACCCAGAGGCAUGCUCACUAUAUUUGGUCAAACAUAAGGAGCCCAUCAUUCUUACAUUGCCCAAUCCAAAUAGAGAUAUGCAGAUAAGCAUUGAGCCUCUUUGUUUAAUAAACCAGUUGGCCAAAUGUGUACCAGGAAAAAAAGAGAUUCAGGUGAAAGUCCUUUCCUUUUGGGCUCUCUGUGACAGAAAUCUCUUCCUUUCAAUGCUGGACAAAGCUGCUAAUGACGGCCACUGGUUGGUGUUUAACAACAGUCAUCUGUUCGAACAACUGGAUGAUGAUGUAGUGGCUAAACUCAGUCAUUUAAUCUCCUCAGUCAAAGAGAAGCCUUGUCUGAUUCACCCCAGCUUCCGAUUGUGGUUUAUAACUCAAGAAAACACAUCACACCUCAUACCAGCGUCAGUGCGAAUGUGUGCUCUGCAUCUGGUCUGUGACUCUUCCUGGGAUCUGAAGGAGGAGCUGAGCUGUUCUUUGCGACAGGUGGCAUCCAUCAGUCAGCCACAGUUGGGUGUCAUGGCUGACAACAAGACACUCCUCCGCUGCGCUAUCUUUCACUCUGUCUUGGUGCAGCGACAGACCUACAAGUAUUUAGGCCAGGGAAGAAUCUAUCACUGGAGUCAGGAGGACCUUCAUGCUUUAGUGGAUGCAUAUAUUCAUGUUGCCCAUCUGUGCCAUGACAAGACUAAGGUUUUGCAAUAUUUAGCAGUCAGUCUAGUGUAUGGUGGCCAUGUGACAGACUCUGCAGAUUUGGAGGUGUUGGAGGACAUUGCCAAGACCUGCUUCACUACAGCUUCACGUCACUUGAACAGCGGACCGCACAUCCUUUCGAAACUUGUCAGAAGUUCUGGUCACUCUGAUUUGUCUGGACAGCUGCAGGUCGUGGAGCAGGGUCUCUGGGAAUCAGCAAACAUCAGCGAGCCCGUGGUGCUGGGCUUUAAUGCCGACAUAACGACUGAGAUAAUCAAGAUCAACAGCUACAACAUGACCAUGUUACUGCGGACCUCGCAAACUCCCCUUCGAUCAGUAAGGCGUUUUAGCACCAAAGAAAAGCAGCUUGCUACGCUGCCAGCGUUCAGUGAUGCCAGAAUCAGACUGGAGGGUCUGAAGCGCUACCUCACAAGCAAGAAUGAAAGUGCCGUAACAAAUGCAGGAGCUCUUCCUCGCGGGCCUGUGCGUGACUUCCUCCAAGCUGAGUGGGAUGAUCUCAUUGACUCGGUGUCCUUGCUCCUCUCACAGCUGCAGCAGCCUGUUCAGUAUUCGCUGACCUUCGCGUCCCUCCUCAAGCUCACUGACUUGUCUGGCUUGGAGAGGAGGGCAGAGUUGCUCAGUGCAUAUCUGUGGCACCAUGAUGCUUCAGAUCCACCUGGUGCUUAUCGACUAUCUGCUUUUAAAAACGCCAGAGGCCUGCUGGUGGCAAUGAUGAGAGAGGCUGCUCAAGUAUAUCGUAAAUAUAUCACUGAUAUAAUUCUACAGUUCCAGGUUCUGUCUUACAGCACAUACCCCAUCUCACUUCCUCUGGAUGCUGUGUAUUUGUGUGGCCUGGAACUUAAAGGGGCAUCAUGGGAUACACAACUGCAAGUCCUACAGGACACUGUCUCUCCUCAGUCUUGCUCAGUACCACUUCUUUGUGUUAAAGCUCAAGUCAGGAGCACGAACAGUUCCCAUGAUACAGCCCCCUGCAAAAGUUCAUAUUUAAUGGAUAACAGGAAUGUUCACUGUGCAGCCGUCGUUCCCUUAACUACCCCUCAGGUACCAAUCUACCACUGCCCACUCUAUCUGGACGAAGGGUUGGAGAGUGGAAGCUCAGGACUGGCUGAUGUUAACAUUAUCACAAAAGUCCCCCUUCAUACCAAGCUAGAUCCUCUUCUGUGUAGUUUGAGAAGGGUGAGACUAGUGAGUAGACUCUGACUGUACUCAGCUGCCUUAUCUGCUGUUAUUGUUAAAUGAAAUGAUGCAAAGAUUGUAGUAUACAGUAUGUCAUGAGGACUGAUGCUCCUGUGAUUUUAUGUGAACCUUCAAAUAAAUUUAUAAAUCCA